AUGAGCGAACAAGACAAGAAAGUUGAAGACGUUACAGGACUUAACGAUAUUACGAUCACAAAACACAAAGUUGCUGCAGACAUUGUAAAGCGCGCUUUUGAUCAAAUUGUUAUAAAGUCUGUAAAAGAUGCCAAAGUCAUUGACCUUUGCACUUCCACAGACGCUUUCAUCAAUCAAGAAGCUGGAAAGGUGUUCAACAACAAAAAACCAAUUCCAACAAAGGGUGUUUCAUUCCCAACCUGCGUAAACGUUAACAACGUCAUUUCACACUUUUCCCCACUUGCUUCUGAUCCAGACACUAACUCUGUCAGUUUGAAGGAUGGUGAUGUUGUUAAGAUUCAAUUGGGUGCACACAUCGAUGGCUUCGCUAGUAUCGCUGCUGAAACCAUCGUAGUUGGCGCUACUGCUCAAAACCCUGUAUCCGGUCGUAAAGCAGACGUUAUCCAAGCCGCUUGGUACGCAGCUGAAGCUUCUAUCCGUCAAAUGAAGGUUGGCGAGAAGAACUGGACAGUGAGUGACACCGUCAGCAAGGCCACAAAAGCUUUCGAAACUGCACCAGUUGAAGGCAUGCUCUCAUGUCAAAUGACUCAAAAUGUUAUUGACGGAAAGAAGAGAAUCAUUCUCAACGGAAACCCACAACAAAAGUCAGAUUUAGGUACUCACACUUUCGAAGAAGGUGAGGUUUAUGGUGUGGAUGUGCUCGUUUCUACGAACCAGGAAAAUAAGCCAAAAGAAUCAAGCUACCAAACCACAGUGUUCAAGCGUACAGACCAGACUUACAUUCUUAAGUUGGCCACCGCCAGAAGAGUAUACUCUGAGAUCCAAAAGAAGUCAGGAUCAUUCCCAUUCAACAUCCGUAUGUUAGAGGAUGAGAAGAGAGCGAGAUUGGGUGUACAAGAAGCAGCACAACACAAUUUGCUUACACCAUUUGAUGUAUGCGUUGACAAGACAGAUGAGACAGUUGCGCAAUUCUUCUUCACAGUUGGAAUAACGAAGAAUGGACCAAUAAGAUUAACGCACCCACCAUCAUGGUACAAGCCAGACGUAAUCAAGUCAGAAAAGCAACCAGAUGAAGAAACGAAGCAAUUGUCGCAAGCAGCACUGAGACCAAAGAAGAACAACAAGAAGAAGGCGACGAAUUAA